AGGAAAGAGGGCGGCAGUGGCAAAAGAGUUUAGAGACCUUGCGGGAUACGCACAGCGAAAGCACCGAUGGCGCGAAAGGACCAUUAGCCAUAGUCCUGGGGAAAUACGCAGAAGCAGUAUUCCAUGUCUCUUCUCUGCCCUGUUAUUGAUGGGAAACCAACUGGACCGGAUCACACACCUGAACUACAGCGAGCUACCCACGGGGGAUCCAUCGGGCAUCGAGAAGGACGAAUUGCGUGUUGGCGUGGCGUACUUCUUUUCCGAUGAGGAGGAAGAACUGGACGAUAGAUCUCAGUCGGACAGCUUUAAAGACAACAACAGCCCGAGCAAGGACGGUCCGGUGGCGCUCAAUGAGAUCGAGUACUCGGCGUUCUGCUGCCAGGAAUGUAUCUAUUCCAAACUGCGAGAAAACGAGGACCUGAAUGUUUAUUCAGUGAAAACUUUAUUAACCAUGUGCAAACCCGGGGAUCUACUGGAGUUAGUGGCCAACGCGCAGGCCCCGCACUGGGCGAUCUUUGAAAGGGAGGACCAGGUUAUUCACCUGUACAAAGGGGAGAUCCGCAAGGCCAGCUUGUUUGAGAUCAGCUGCGGUCGGCAGGGCAGGAUAGUAAACAAUCGUUACCGGUACCGGCCGCUGCCUGCUGAUUUGGUGAUGCAGAACGCGAGCGGGCACCUGGGGCUCAGCAGCGACGAAAUUUGCUGGACGAACUCGGAAAGUUUCGCCGCCUGGUGCCGCUUCGGGAAACGGGAGUUUAAAGCGGGUGGCGAGGUGCACUCGGUCGAGCAGCGAUACUUUCUGAAGGUGCACCUGUCCGAGAGCACAGCGCACACGCUCAUGUUCCGCAGUCUCGAAGAGAUGAUACGAGAGAGGCGGCGCGUGGACGCCAGUGGAAUUCUGAAGGAGCUGUCGCUGGUCAGCGGGAAGGAAUGAGGGGGAUUUCAUAUAGUCUCGUUGUGGACCGAUUGGAAUUCUGCAUGCCUUGAACAACGGCUGCUUACCUUUACCUUAUGACUUUCGGAGGGUCGUGCAUAUUUGUGUGAAAAUAUGAUACAAAGACAACGCCCCUAUUGAUUAUGGUGUGAGAACUAAUGGCCCCACUAAAGUCACUCUGUACCUUUAAAAAGGAAAAAGAUAAAAAAUUAAGGUGAGCCCUCGUCCCAUGAACGAAUACAGCCGCCAUAUAGACCCCGGCGCGCGCUGCGGCAGAUAGUGCAUAAGGAACCACGAUGCAUUUAUGUGUCAUAUUUUACUGAACUCCAGAGCUUUAAUAUUAAACGCAAGCCGUGGGACUCCGUUAUUGCACAUCUGUCCAGCAUGUAUUAGUUCCUCUAAACCAAUCAAACACUGACGCCAAACCUCACACGAGCCUUUGUUUUCAUUCUGUUACCAACAAAGCGCGUGCAAAGUUCCUUUGAUUUUGGAGUCCAUAUUUUUGUAUUUCAGUUAGUACGUUUAAAAAAUGGUUUUUAUUUAAAUAAACGUAGA